AUGUUGGAAUACUUCACCUACAAGAAAUUCAAGAAGCACCAGGCGCAGAAGAAGGCUGCGGAUCUCAAAGCACAAAACCAAGCGCCCCCGCCUCUCCUAGAUGACGAAGACCAGGCAUUCCUCGAGCGCGUCGUGUCUGCCGAGGGCACGCCGCCUCCAUUACCAGAACGCCCUCGCGGAUUGGGAGUCGAGGCUGGAGAUACCAGGGAUAAUGGGUCGCAGAUGGUAGUCCACGACCAUGACGAUGCGCCAUCCACUGCUGAGAAGGGGCGUACUCAUAUAGACAAAGGCAAAGGAAAGGAAGCCGACAAAGCAGCCGAGAAGAAGAAAUCAAACCGCUUCUCGUUUCUCCAACGAAGCGGCACCAAGAAGAACAAACCUGACCUCAAACCUGCUCACGUUGUGCCCAAUUCUGAAGCCCACCGUGAGGAAGACGACCUAAGCACCAUCCUUGAAGACCUCAACCUCUCCGCCCAAAACAAUCGUGCAUUCUCCCUCUCCGCCGAAUCCCAAGAGCUCGUCGGCAAAUUCACAGUCAUCCUGAAAGACCUAAUAAACGGCGUCCCAACGGCGUACGACGACCUAAUCCAUCUGUUGGAUAACAGCCAAGGCACUUUAUCAAAGAACUAUGACAAAUUACCUAGUUUCCUAAAGAAACUAAUCACCCAACUACCUGAUAAGGUGACGAAGAAUUUGGCGCCCGAACUGCUGGCUGUAGCCGCGGAGGCUCAGGCGCUUGAUCUGGGUGCUACUGCGGCUGGAGCUGGAGCGGGUCUGGCUGGCGCAGCGAAGAGCUUCUUCACGCCGAGUACGUUGAAGGACCUAGUUACGAAACCUGGGGCCGUGGCCGGUUUACUGAAAACGAUCAUGAAUGCUUUGAAAUAUCGAUGGCCUGCCUUUAUGGGGACGAAUGUGUUGUUGAGUCUGGGGCUGUUCGUCCUACUCUUCUUCUUCUGGUACUGCCAUAAGCGAGGCCGUGAAGUGCGUCUUGAGCGCGAAGGGCACGUAAAUUCUGACGGCCGCAUCGUUGAUGUUGGGGAUGAAAAUGCACUUGGCAGUUCCCCAGCUUCCCAUCAUCACGAGCGAGGUGACGAGCGACCUCAUUCAUCGAGCAGACAUCACACCCACCCUAGCAGUAGUAGCAGGCCGAGCAGCUCGCGCCAUAGCGGUUCCCAUCUUAAGACUGAUGGCCGUGACCGUGACCGCGACGAUGGCCGCAGGCGGUCGAGGAGCUCGAGGAAGUCGGCAGAACGGUCUGAGAGGGAGCGUUGA